AUGGAAUCUCGACCGAAGGAAAAUGCGCCAGAAGCGUCGCCAUUAACGGACGCAGAAAAGAUCCGGCUAAAGCGUUUAGCAAAAUUACAACAAAACGUGAGUAGCUCGACUGGGACUGGAGCCCCAGUCGUCGUCGCGCAAGAAAGUUCUACGUCCAAAGUAUCACCAAAGAAAAUUCAGCAACAGAUUGUUCGGGAACCGACCGAAAAGAAACCUCCAACGACUCCUCCCAAACACCAACCGCCUGUCAAAUCUUUUGAAGAUUGGCAGAACGAGGUUAUAUCCAAAGUUCUUCUGGUUACUCUCGAUAAAUCAACGGCUCAAAGAGGUUCUAAUCAAUUGAUCUACCUCGACUCCGUUGUUCAAGAGUUGAGCGAUGAGAAUCCAGGUACAAUCUUUCUUCCUUUCUCGAUUCUCGAUAGUGUUCUUGUCGCUCGACUGUCGAUGGACCCUAAUCAAAUGAGUGACGACGUCUUACUACCUCAAUUGCCAACGUUCGACUAUCUAUUGGAUUGUUGGAAGAGAGCUGCUGAAAUUAAGAAAGACUUGAUAGCACGUAAUUUGACGCUUGUUCCGAGGUUAUUAGCCGACGUCGACACACCCGAGGGAUUACCUUGGGAGUUUAUUCAGGGAUUGAUUGGAAGGGUUGACGAAGAAGGAUUUGAAGAGGUAUUUGGGCCUUACUUAAUGGGAAUUUCGGCUCAGAUGCGUGAAAAAAAAAUAUUGAGCGGAGAUUUCCGUCGUCCGCUGGAUGCAUUACUAACAUUGACGGAAGUCAAGACAUUCUCUUCUAUGUUACCAAACCUGAGAAGCUGGAAUCCUCCCGGAUUAUCACCCCGAGCAUUCGAGGUUGCUUCUUUUUUGGGUCCAUUCAGUCGAAUUUCGGCCUUUCCCAUGGAUGAGCCGGCUAUUCCCGAAAGUUAUUUCGGUAACGUUCAGCAAAGACGUCAAGCCGACGUAGAAUCUGCGAUUAUAAGUUUGAGGGGAGCUAUUCAGGGAGUUCAAAAAUCCAUGUUUAAAAUAUUUAAUAAUAUCAUCCGUUCUUCUCCGUCAGCUAGAGAAGGUGUGCUUGAUUACAUUGCCACGGUCAUAAAAUUAAAUGAGAAGAGAGCUCAAAUACAGGUUGAGCCGCUGCAAGUAGGGACAGAUGGGUUCUUGAUGAAUUUGACCAGCGUUUUGUUGACCCUUGCGGAUCCCUUCAUGGAUGUCAAUUGCUCCAAGUCCAAGAGAAUUGAUGUUAGCCAAGAGACAAAAAUUAAAGCAACCCAACAAGAGUAUGAUGAAUAUUGCGCAUUGCCGACCAGGAAUAAUGACGCACCCAACUUCAUAUCGGAGAUAUUUUUCCUUACAAUAGCAGCGCAUCAUUAUGGACCUUUGCAUUGUUAUGAAAAGUACAAUAAUUUGAUCAAAGAUCUAUCGGAACUUCAAAGACAAUAUGAACGAAUGAGAUCGGAUCAACCUAAUUGGGCAGGGACCCCUAACGCUUUAUUAAACGAGGAGCUACUAAAGCGCAUUAAAACACAACUCGAUAAAGGAGCUUCACACAAGAUAGCCUAUGAUUCGCAACUUUUAGACAACACGGCGUUAUCUCAUUCGCUCCAAUUUUACAAUUUGGCAAAUCCUUUCAGGUAUAAUCCUAAAGUCUCUCUUAUGAAUUCACGUGAGGAGUUGGUCGUCUUCAUAAUCACGUUCCUCAAUUCUUCGUCCUACAUCAAGAAUCCAUACCUAAAGGCCAAGUUGGUGGAAAUUUUGUUUCAUUAUACCUUGUACGGCGAAAACGAAGGUGGAAUGGGCGCAAUUUUGGCAACUCAUCCCAUUUCAUUAAACCAUCUGAUGUCAUCCUUAAUGUCGUUUUACGUUGAGGUCGAGCAGACCGGAGCGCACACACAAUUUUACGACAAAUUUAAUAUCCGCUAUAACAUUUCACAAAUCUUUAAAGCAAUAUGGAACAAUCAUACUCACAAAGAGAAACUGAAGGAAGAAAGUCGGAAAGCAACAUAUACCAAUAGGAAGAUGGAAUCUUUUGUUCGUUUCGCCAAUUUGCUCAUGAACGACGCGACAUAUUUGUUGGAUGAGAGUUUAACAAAAUUAACGGAAAUCCACAAUAUACAAGUUGAAAUGGAUAACAGGGUGCAAUGGGAUAAUCAGACACCGGUCGGUUUUUCUUUGUCCUUCAGCCUUUUCAUAGGUCCAAAAUGCACUGAACUGAAGGUCAAGAAUCGUGAGAAAUACCGGUUUCAGCCUAGAGAAUUGCUAUCACAAUUAAUAUCCAUUUAUCUAAACUUGGGCAAGCACAAGGAGUUUGUGCAUGCGGUGGCAAAAGACGGUAGAAGUUAUAACAAAGAUCAUUUCUCCAAGGCGGCGUCAAUUUUGUUGGCUCGAGGAUUGAAGCUAGACAAGGAUGUCGAGGAAUUAAAGAAAUUUGUCAUCAAAGUUGAGGAAGUUAAAGCCGUUGCCGAUGAAGAAGAAUUGGACGAGGUUCCUGACGAAUUUUUGGAUCCACUCAUGUAUAAUAUUAUGGAAGAUCCAGUAAUUUUACCCGAAUCAAAAGUCACCAUUGAUCGAAGUACCAUAAUAACACAUCUCUUAAGCGAUGCCACGGACCCGUUCAAUCGAAAGCCACUAUCAAUAGACCAAGAAGUUUCAGUUGCACCAUAUGAUCCAUCUUCUGAGAGUCCAUUUAUCUAUAUAGUUAAAUUGGAGGUGGAGGUGGGAUUUCUAAGAAAGACGAUGGAAAUAAAGGAACAUUUUGACACCGAGGAGAUGUCGAUGAUAUAUUGCCAGUUGUUCAGCAAUCAAAUUUUAAGCACGGGCCAGCAACUUGUCUUUGAUUUCCAUGGCGUCAAUCUCCAAGUUGUUAUAAAAAGUGUGCAAGUAGCAGAUCAGUUGACCAUUUCUAAAAUAAUAAACGGGGAAAAAAUCGAAUUGGGCUUACGCGCUGGCAACCGAGGUAUAUUGACGCAGCAAACUGUGAUGCAUUGGUCAAAAGCUGCUGCUUCAUCAAUAAUAUUACAAGGUGCAACUAGGAGCACAUCUCAAAAUGCCAUCAUUCAACCUGAUUUCAAGUUUGAGGAUAUGGGAAUUGGUGGGUUGGACAAUGAGUUUAGCGCCAUAUUCCGUCGUGCAUUCGCAUCGAGAAUAUUUCCUCCCAGUCUAGUGGAAAAACUUGGCAUUCAGCAUGUUAAAGGAAUCCUUCUCUUUGGACCUCCUGGAACUGGAAAAACUUUGAUGGCGAGACAGAUUGGCAAGAUGCUUAACGCUCGUGAGCCAAAAAUAGUGAAUGGACCGGAAAUUUUAAAUAAAUAUGUUGGUCAAUCGGAGGAAAAUAUUCGGAAACUGUUUGCGGAGGCGGAAAAGGAGUAUAAGGAAAAAGGAGAAGACUCUGGUUUACAUAUUAUUAUAUUUGACGAACUGGACGCCAUAUGUAAACAGCGUGGUAGUAAAAAUGAUGGAACUGGUGUGGGAGACAGUGUUGUUAAUCAGUUACUGGCAAAGAUGGAUGGAGUGGAACAAUUGAACAAUAUUCUUAUUAUUGGAAUGACAAAUAGAUUAGAUAUGAUUGAUGAAGCGUUAUUGCGUCCUGGGCGACUGGAGGUGCAUAUGGAAAUUGGAUUACCGGAUGAGAAUGGCAGACUGCAAAUUUUAAAAAUUCAUACAGCAAAGAUGAGGACAAACGACAUAAUGGAUCCAGAUGUUGAUCUCAACGAACUUUCCAGUUUAACUAAAAAUUUUAGUGGCGCAGAGAUUAAUGGUCUCGUUAAGAGCGCUAGUUCAUUUGCGUUUAAUAGGCAUGUCAAAGUUGGGACACUUGCUGGCGUAACACCGGACGUAGAAAAUAUGAAGGUCAAUCGGAAUGACUUUUUGUCCGCCUUGGAAGAAGUGCGUCCUGCAUAUGGUGUUAGCGAGGAAGAAUUGGAGCAAUGCGUGCAGAACUCGAUAAUUAAAUUUGCACCAUUUGUUGAGGUCGGUCCUUCUGGUAGUGGUAAGACGGCUUUGGCAGCCACCAUGGCAAUGUCAUCCGAAUUCCCAUUCAUAAAGUUGAUUUCUCCAGAAAGUAUGGUGGGAUAUUCUGAACUAUCAAAGAUGAGCGCAAUCAACAAGGUGUUCAAUGAUUCCUAUAAAUCACCUUUGAGCGUUAUUGUUGUAGAUAACAUCGAAAGAUUACUUGAUUGGGUUCCUAUUGGUCCACGAUUUUCAAAUGUCAUUUUACAAACUUUAUUGGUCUUGCUUAAGAAACGACCACCAAAGGAUCGUCGGCUUUUAAUUCUAUCCACCACCAACGAAAAAUCAGUUAUUGAUGAAAUGGGCAUGUCCGAUUGCUUCAAUUCGGAAAUAUAUGUUCCGAAUAUUACCGAUCUGGGUUCUAUUGACCUCGUGAUUAAGGAGUUGGAGUUGUUCAAUGACGAUGAACGAUCGCGAGUUCUCAACACUCUACGAGGUCAAGUUUCGUUAAAGGUUGGCAUUAAGAAGCUUUUGACGAUAAUUGAGAUGAGUCGACAGGAUGUGGAUAAAGUUGAAAAGUUUUCCAACACUAUCCUUAAAACCUACCCGAAGUCGAAUAAUUCGAUUUCCUUUCAAGUCGAACUAAAUGAUUCGAGUAUGAUCGAACCAGAUGACUCGAAUCUUCCAGGAUUGGCGAAUUAUUCAACCCCCCCACCUGCGGGCUAUUGA